GGUCACUCUGUUGUGAAAUAUAGUGAAUCGUGCGAGUUGUUUUAUUUGUCGAAUUUGUUAUUUAAUUAAAAAUCGAGCAGUGACAAAUACAAAAUUAGCGCUUAACCAAGUGAAUCCACUAUCAGAAUGUCUUUUUCGUUUGGCACACCAACAACGAACGCCGCCACAGCACCCGCAACAGGCGGCUUUAGUUUUGGCGCGCGACCCGCAACCAGCGCCCCGCCCCCCGCCUUUGGAGCAGCAACAGCUACAUCGAGUCUAGCCGGAGCAGCUACCGCUGCCAUCGGAGGAGCAGCACCCAAUUUCAGUUUCAAUGCGGGGCAAGUUGGUGCAGCGCCCACGCUCAGCUUUGGUUCACCAGCAGCAACUGCAGCUGCUCCAGCGUCGACUGGACUCGCGUUGCCUGCCUUUGGCAGUACCACAGCAGCGGCAGCGCCCGCUUUCGGAGCACCUGCCGCGGCACCGGCGUUUGGAGCAGCAGCGCCCGCCUUUGGCGCCACAGGAGCUCCUGCUUUUGGUGCAACAACUGCAGCGCCUGCUUUUGGUGCAGCAACUGCUGCGCCUGCUUUCGGUGCAGCAACUGCAGCGCCUGCUUUCGGUGCACCGGCCACAUCAACGGCUUUCGGUGCGCCUGCAGCUGCGCCCGCCUUUGGCACAACGGCUGUGGCACCGGCUUUCGGCGCAACUACAGCGGCGCCCGCUUUCGGAGCUCCUGCAGCUAGCUCAGCAUUUGGAGCGCCGGCUCCCGCGUUUGGCACCGCAACUGCCACCGUAGCGCCUUCAUUUAGCUUCUCUACGCCGGCAACAAGCGCACCAACCACAGCACCGCCCGCCUUUGGUGCGACAGCCAUGCCAACACUGGGCACUGCUGCUGGUGUCGGUGCAUUCUCCUUUAACAAACCCCAAGCAACAACGGCGGCUAGCUUGAACUUCAAUACAACCACAACGACAGCAACAGCGCAGCCUUUUAAUGCCAGCCUGCGUCUGGGUGGCACCAACACGCUAGCAGCAGCUCCCGCUAGUGGUGGCAUCUUUGGCAAACCGCUGACAACUGGCGCUCAGCCGGCGGCAGCGGCGCCAGCAUUUGUUGGUCUCGGCGGCAUCGAUGUGAGUGCAACGCAGCCGAAGCUGGGCGACAACAAGCAGGACGGCAUCAAGAUUAAGGAAACACAAGUACCCGAUGAGAUUGUCAAGACAGUGGACGCACUCAAGGCACAUAUCAAGCAGCAGAAAACCAUUUCCUCGGACAUUGGACGCACCUCGACCUCGAAGCUAAGCAACGUGAGUCACGAGAUCACCAAUCUGCGUUGGCUGCUGCAAAACGUGGCCAAUACGGUGGAUGCCAACAAUCGGCAGAUCAAACAGCUGCGCAGCGAAACAGCCAAGGCUAUUCAAUCACUGGAGAUGGCGCAGCGCACACAGGACACUCCUGCUGGUCUGCAGUUUGAGAACAGCGCACCCUUCCAGUACUUUCAGUGCCUGGUGGCCAAGUACGAGGAGGAUCUGAUAGCAUUCCGGCAGCAAAUCGCGCUAACCGAGAGUCACAUGCAUGCUUUGGCAAACCCACAAAGUGUUUCACCCGAAGAUCUGAAGCGCGGCUUUCGACAAAUCAAUGAAUCAUUUGUCUCACUGGCUGGGCGACAGCAUGAGCUGCAUCAGCGCGUAGAGGAACAGAAGGAGCACUAUUUAAAUCUGCGACGCUAUCGACUGCGCGAUGCCACCAAUGUGUUUGCCAGCAUCGAUAAUCCGCCUGAGCCGUUGAACGAACCACAGCGCAUUAGUAGCGGUCCGACGCCCUUCUCCAACAUCUCGGCCAUUAGUACACUAAAUAAAAGCUAUGCAUCUGCUUCUGCGGCAACGUCGGCCAAUGCAACCGCCUCCAAAUCGAUGGAUAGAUGGUAAUCUCGACAAUCUAUUGCCAUGGAUAGUUUUUAGUUGUUUUAUGCAAAGGAAAUGCCAAUAAAGUUAUUAUUCAUGCGAUUCCUCACA